UUUCAAUCGAAAUUCCGAGAUUUUUGUAGUUUUGGCUAAAUAGAUUUUAGAGUAUAAAUGCAGUUAUUGCUUUUAAUUGGAGCAUUUAAGUUGAUUGUGUGAUUCAUGCAUCAUGCUUAUUUUGUCAAUUCAGAAAGAAUGUCCCAUUUUUUAACAGGAUUAGGGAUUUUUGAUUGAUUACUACUUAAGCCUAAACAUCUAAUAAAAUCAAUCUCUUUUCGUGAUUCAUGCAUCAUGCUCUCGAGUGUAGGAUCUAAACCACCGUAUUUCCACUUAAUUAAUAAUGGGUUUUGAUUCGCUUCUAAGCAACAAUCAUUUGUUUUGAGUGUGAACAAAACAAUAAUUUGUUUUUGAGUGUGAACUAGUCCUACAACAAAGGCACAAACGUUGUUCCCUCCUUAAAAUACCCUCUAAUUACUCAUUAAUUGCACUAGGGAAUCUAACUUUUUACCAUUAUAAAUUUAUAAUCAAGUUCUUCAUCAUCUUCCCAACUCAAAUUGGUUUAUUAGGCCAUUAAUUCUCUCUCCUCUUCUCAGGAAACUUCCAUUUCCAUGGUUAUUUGUCUGUUUAAUUGAUUGUUUUGUUGACUUUCUUUGUUUUUUUAUAUCCCCACUUUAUUUUGACUUGCUUUUGUAGUCGUCGGUUUGGAAAAUGAUGUCUUCAAUCUCAAAUAUUAUUAAACCAUUCACCCAGAAUUUCAAAAACCCAGAAUUUGUAUCACAAAAUGGCCAAUUUUUGUGCUAGAAGUUACAUUUUUACACUCCUUUUUUCACUAUUCCUUCUAAUUUUGCCAAUCAUGUCACACCCACAAAAAAGCUGCAGUGUUCUUGAUUCAGGCCCUGUAACUUCCACAAUCCCUCUCAUAUCUUUCCUAGAAGAAAUCCAAGAAACUGCCCUCAAUACCUUCGGACCCAACAAUUUUGAUCCUAAACUGUAUAUCGAUUUCUCAAUGAAAUCUAAUCUCUCCAUCACUCAACAAGCCUUUUCUAAACUGCCAAGAACAACCAAUGGCGGCGUCGCCUCCGCCGCGAAAUUGCAAAAGUUCAUCCAAGAUUACUUUAAUGGUGCUGGGGAUGAUUUGAUUUAUGAACAUCCAGUUGAUUUUGUGGUUGAGCCACAUGGGUUUUUACCCAAAGUUAAGAAUCAUGAGGUUAGAGCUUGGGCAUUGCAAGUUCAUGGUUUAUGGAAGAAUUUGAGUAGAAAGGUUUCACCUUCUGUGAAAGAGCACCCUGAGUUGCAUACCUUGCUGCCUUUGCCUGAAUCAUGUGUUAUUCCUGGUUCAAGGUUUAGGGAGGUUUAUUACUGGGAUUCUUAUUGGGUUAUCAGGGGCUUGCUAGCGAGUCAUAUGCACAAGACUGCAACAGCAAUUGUGACUAACCUCAUUUAUUUUGUUGAGAAGUAUGGCUAUGUGCUUAAUGGUGCUAGAGCAUAUUACACCAAUCGAAGUCAACCUCCUCUAUUGAGUUCAAUGAUACAUGAGAUUUACCAAAGAACUGGUGACAUAAAUUUGAUUAAGAAGGCCCUUCCUGCUCUAAUCAAAGAACACGGAUUUUGGAACUCAGGUGUGCAUAAGGUUACAAUUCGUGAUUCCGAAGGCUGCAGUCACAACUUGAGUAGAUAUUAUGCUAUGUGGAAUAAACCAAGGCCGGAGUCUGCAACUAUGGACAAGGAAACUGCUUCAAAGCUAUCUGAUGCAGCUGACAAACAGAAGCUUUACCGUGAGGUGGCUUCAACUGCUGAAUCUGGAUGGGAUUUUAGUACAAGGUGGAUGAGGAAUUCUUCUGAUCUAACAACAUUGACCACUACAACGAUACUGCCUGUAGAUUUGAAUGCAUACAUACUCAAGAUGGAGUUUGAUAUAGCGUACUUUGCAAAAAUUGCUGGAGAUAACAGCAUAGCUGCACAAUUCCUUGAAGCAUCUAAAGCAAGAGAGAAAGCGUUCAACUCUGUCUUCUGGAAUGAAAAGAUGAGCCAAUGGCUUGACUGCUGGAUCACUUGCAAGGAUGAUCAAACAUGGGAAGUUUCUCAUCAGAAUCAGCAUUUAUUUGCUUCAAACUUUGUCCCUUUAUGGAUAAAGCCAUUUGAAUCAGCUUCAUUGGCUGAGAAAGUCAUGAAAAGCCUUGCAAAUUCAGGCUUGGUUCGUGCUACUGGUAUUGCAACUUCUUUGACAAACUCGGGUCAACAAUGGGAUUUUCCUAACGGUUGGGCCCCUAUGCAACACAUUAUUAUUGAAUCUCUAGCAAAGUCUGGGUCCAAGGAAGCCUAUUUGAUGGCAGAAGAUAUAGCAAUCAGGUGGAUUAGGACAAACCAUGCAAGCUACAAGAAUACUGGAGAAAUGCAUGAAAAGUACGAUGUUGAAAAAUGCGGUGAAUAUGGAGGCGGCGGUGAAUACAUACCACAGACUGGUUUUGGCUGGACAAAUGGAGUUGUAUUGGCAUUAUUAGAAGAAUUUGGAUGGCCUCAGGAUAGGAAGCUUGAUUGUUAAUGAUUUGGGAGCUGAAAUUUUGGUUGCUUUCAGCUUUACAAAGCAAAAAAGAGCAAUAAUGUAUGUCUCCCCAUCAUUCUGGUGUUCCUAAUACUAAUUAUUUGGAUUGGAAAAUCAUGGAACAUAGAAGUAAUAUUGUUCAACUGGUGGUUAAAUAAGAAUUAUAUUAAACCCGAAAUACGUAUAGGUUUAUCGUUACCAUAAUCGACGAGCCCAUGACAGCAUUAUGGAUGGGUUUAAUUGGAGGCAAGCUGCUACCAUGAUAUUAGAUAUCAUCUAAUUUUUCCAUGAAUGUUGUUGUUUUGUUUUGCCCAUUUUCUUGUUUUCCACUUCUAAUUGCUGAUCUGCUACUAUGAACAUAUUAUUGGUAUCAACAUCCAA